CGUGCUCGAUGUCUUUUACAAUUUCUAGACGCAAGAGUUUAAAGCCUCGAGUACUUUAGAGCGGACGUAACUUUCGCAGAGCAGAGUUUCAAUCCGCGUCGCUUUACUCGCAAUCGGAGAGCAGCCGAUUCGACCGCAUGAUCGAUUCGGGUGGAGACCCAGUUUUUUUUUUUCACCUGGUCUCUGUUAUCGCAACUUCAGAGCCCGCGCGGAAUUCCGCGUUUCGAUUAUCUACUCGUUUUCGUUCUCUUCCUCGACCUUAGACUGAAAACAACGAAGUUCUGUCUGGUGCGAAGUCUCUCUGAUCACACUCUGAUUCAACUUCAAUCAUCACCGCCGAAGUACCUCUGUGAAUAAUAAAUUAGGGUGAAUUGAAUUCCAACGCUGAAAUAUUGGCACAAAAUGGCAGCAAAAUGCUGGGCAGCAUUAUCCCGGCGUAGACUGGAUUCGCAGGAAGAUAUCACGGCUGAUACCGCUUUGUCUCGAUGCCUCGGUUUGCUUGACUUGACGGCCCUUGGAAUUGGUUCCACUCUGGGUCUUGGAGCGUACGUCCUUGCAGGAGCUGUCGCGAAAGAUACCGCCGGACCUGCAGUCUGCAUUUCGUUUUUGAUAGCCGCAGCAGCGUCCGCAUUGGCAGGAUUAUGCUAUGCCGAAUUCGCCUCACGAGUACCGAAAGCAGGUUCUGCUUACGUCUAUAGCUACGUGACGGUUGGAGAAUUUGUUGCCUUUUUGAUCGGAUGGAAUCUCAUCUUAGAAUACGUAAUAGGUACAGCGAGCGUUGCUCGAGGUUUCAGCAACUACCUUGAUUACCUGGUUGGCAACGUGAUGAGCAAAGCAUUGCGAGAAGCAAUGCCAAUAAACGUUUCUUUCCUGUCCGAAUAUCCGGACUUCUUUGCCUUUGGCAUGGUGUUACUGCUAGCUGUAUUACUUGCAACUGGAGUGAGGGAGUCUUCGUGGUUGAACAACGCGUUCACCACCAUUAAUCUGCUGACUCUCUCGGUGAUCAUAGUCGCUGGAUCAAUGAACGCCGAUCCAGGAAAUUGGUUCAUCGCCCAAGAAGACAUUCCUUCGGAAUAUACGGAAACUGCCGGGGUGGGUGGCUUCAUGCCCUUUGGUUUCAAUGGGGUCUUGGCUGGUGCAGCGACGUGUUUUUAUGCCUUUGUGGGUUUCGACACGAUAGCUACCACCGGAGAAGAAGCCAAAAAUCCCCAGAAGAACAUACCGUUGGCUAUCGUCAUAUCUUUAACCGUAGUCUUCUUUGCCUAUUUCUCCAUUUCAACAGUGCUCACGAUGAUGUGGCCCUACUACGAUCAGAAUGCGGAAGCACCUUUUCCCUACGUAUUUGAUCAAGUUGGAUGGCCCGUUAUCAAAUGGAUCGUUAAUGUCGGUGCGGUUUUUGCAUUAUGCACAAGCAUGCUUGGGGCUAUGUUUCCUUUACCCCGAGUCUUGUACGCCAUGGCGACUGAUGGAAUUAUUUUCAAAUUCUUGGGUAUUGUCAAUUCCAAGACUCAGACUCCACUUUAUGGUACUAUGGUUUCCGGACUCCUUUCCGGCUUCAUGACACUUAUAUUUAAUAUAAAUCAACUCAUCGACAUGAUGUCCAUCGGAACACUUAUGGCCUAUGCGAUUGUAGCUUUGUGUGUUUUAAUUCUGAGGUAUCAGCCUGAAUCCUCGCACAGUAACGUGGUUGACAAUUACGUUCUGGAGCCAGAAUUGACUUUGUGGACUGGUUUCAAACAGAUCUUCAAUCUUAAUGGUCUGAAGGAGCCGACUAAAUUCUCUGGUCGUGUUGCCAGCUGGGGUAUUGUUGUUUUCGGUGUAUUGAUACUACCAUUGGGGUAUACUGUAGAUAAGAACAUAGCAAACAUACAGAAUGGCCAUGUAGGGAUAAUCUUAGCUGUAUCUGUAAUGGUGCUCGUUGAGGUGCUCAUCGUUUUUGCCAUCGGCAGACAGCCAGUUCUCGACAUCGAACUGGCCUUCAAGGUCCCUCUUGUCCCUCUAAUACCAUGCGUGAGCAUUGCCGUUAAUCUCUACUUGAUGCUACAAUUGGAUGUAUACACUUGGAUCAGAUUUGCUGGUUGGAUGUUUAUUGGGUUUGUUAUUUACUUCACAUAUGGAAUCAAUACCAGCGUCCAAGGUGCUAAGGAUAAAGUCGAAAGGCAAGAGUUAGUUCAGCGAAAUGAAAGUCAAGAUAAAAAACUUUCGGAAGGUACUAAAUUUUAGAACAGGAUUCCCGAUAUUAUGCGUAACGUAUUGUGGAAAAAAGAUAUUAUGACAAUUUGUACGCAUGACGUAUGAAUAUGGAGUUAAUAUUAUUUUCAAGAUUUUACUAUCAUACUAAUGCAACUCGCAAUGAAGAAACUCCGUAUAAAGAAAAGCACAACUGUGAAAAGUUUUCUAAGAAAAUCUGUCACAUAUCAGAGAAGUCGUAAAGUUUUUACAUUAUUUAUAAUAAUAUGUGAUACUAACCGUGCUAAAAUGUACCGGACUUGUGAAAUCAGCCGUUAAUUAGUUAAAAUGCUAUUUUAUGAGAGAAUGACAUUUUCAUUUACAUUAUGUGUUAAAUUGUACACAAAUAGUACUUAAUUGAUGCUCCGAAAUGUAUCGACCUCAUGCACUGAUAUCAUUACCGAAUAGUGAAAAUGAAUGUAAAUAAAAAACUGUAUCUACUGUUUGAGAAUUUAGGCAACAUUCAAUUUUCUAAUCUGAUCGCAGGAGUGAAUUCUAAAAGGUAAACGAUUGGAAAUUUUGAGCGAAACAUUUUAUCCGUAAAAAGUCAAAUAUAUCGGAAAAUAUUGAUAUUAUAAAUAAUAUUUAUUUUUCAGUACUCCACUUGAGAAGGUGCAUAGCUAUUAUAGUUAGGUUUAAAAUAAAUUUAGUGUUAUGUUCUUUGAGUAUUUAUACCACCGUAUAUACUUAGUAUUAGCCUAAAUGUAAGAAUCCCAUUAAAAGAUUAAUGUAUCUCUAUUAAGGGGGGACUUCGGUGAAAUUUCCAUAAUACUGAAUUUUUCAUUUCGGAAAUGACUUUAAGAGAGAUGUAAUUGAAAAUUCAUUUCUACAAGAUUUAGAUAACAGCAGUACAUGUCCUAAAGAACAAAUUCAAUCUUCUUUUAUGGAUAUUCUUCGCAGAAGAUUGAAAUUUUUAUCAGGAGAAGUCAUGCCAUCAUAAUCUAAAUCUUAUAGAAAGAAAUUUUCGCGUAUGCAUCUCUUUCCGUCAUUGAAAAAAACAAAAACUUCGAUAUUAACAAAAUUUCACCAAAGUCCCCCCUUAAGAUAAAUGCUUGCUAUAUUUUCAAUGAGAAAUAUGUACUCAAUAAGUCAUUUGCCAUAGUUUCAUUCAUUUUAUUCAUGUUAAAACUCUAUUCUUUUCGCAGUCAAAAUAGCAAUGCUUAUUUGACUGUAUUGCAUAGUACAAUGAUGAAGUAAAAGAUAAAUUAUGUGAAACAAAUUUUUUGGUGGAAAAUCACAGCCGUACGACCAUAUUUCAACUCAGAAGCAUAUAUGCUCGAUUAUGUUCCAUAAGUAUAUUAGGAUUCUAAAUUCUUGAUUACGAAAAUAAAUACUGAUAGCAAAAAUAAAAUUACUUUACACAAAAAUAUUGUCUUUAUGAUUCAAUGUGUAAGAAUAGAAGUGCCUUAAUGAAGUUUAGGAAGCAAUUACGAAUUGUCGUACGUUUGCAUUUAAAGAAAAUCGCGGUAUCAGUUUAUUCAAAAACUCACUCAUCGUCAACUUAAAAUGACUGAAUCCUCAGAUCUCUUGACACUCCUAUUCCGUACUGACUGGUAGCGAAACACUGUGGCAUCAUACAAUAUGGAGGACUGGAAUCAUUCGUUGAUCUCCUAGCGAGUGUUAGAUUAUAAAUUAA